CUUGUUUCUCUCUGCACUAAAGCUCUAGUUAUGCAUGCUUGACUCAACUCAGCUUCGAAAAAGGUGACUUGUGAAACGUAACUGCUAUUAUACUAAACACAGCGCGUAGAAAUCAGCUGUUUUUGAAUGUUGAGAGAGCACACAAACGUGACAUUUUACUUGAUAUGUGAAGCUUGUGAAAAUUUAAUCAAUAUUAAAACAAAUUGUUUUGUUGAAUAUAUUAACUUUAAUAAUGGAUAGUGAUUUAUUCCAUGAACUAUUAUAUUUAAAUAUUCUUCGCCUUCAAAGAAGAAAAGUAUUAAGAAGACGUAAACGCCGCUGGUCCGUUCAUCCAGCAAAUCGGGAUAGAAACCCAAAUGGUUUCUUCUGGAAGAACUUUUUAAAAUUAAAAGAAGACGACCAAAAACUAUUUGCUUUAACACGGAUGAAUCGGCCAGUAUACAACCUUCUUUUAAAUAUUAUUAGUCCGUUUUUAAAAAAACCAAAACAACAAAUUGGCGUCGAGGAGCGAGUGGUUAUAACUUUAAUGUACCUCGCUUAUGGAACACCUUUUGAGAUCAUAGCCUCGAUGCAUAAAUUAGGGAAAACAACAGUGCGGAAUAUCGUACUUGAAACGUGUGAAAUAUUUUGGUUACACCUGUGCCCGAUAUACCUUAGCGAGCCAACUACCGCACAAUAUAAAGACAUUGCUGCAGAUUUUUUAAAACUGUGGAAUAUACCCAACUGCGUCGGAGCAAUUGACGGGAAGCAUAUAGCUAUUAUUCGUCCACAAAAUUCAGGCUCGUUAUUUUAUAACUAUAAAAAGUUUUAUAGUAUAGUUUUAAUGGCAUCCUGCGACGCUCGGUAUACGUUCACCUCUGCCAGCAUUGGUAGCUAUGGCGGACAAAGUGACGGAGGUGUCUUUCAGCAAACUAAAUUUGGUCAAGCACUCUUGGAAAACAAAUUGCCACUACCACCAAGAGCUCCAUUAUGGAAUGGAUCCUCAACAGAUUUUCCACAUUUUUUUGUGGCCGACGCAGCGUUCCCAUUGAAGGAAAACUUAAUGCGACCUUACCCCGGUGCACAGCUGCCACGAAACAAAGCUAUUUUCAAUUACCGGUUAUCCCGAGCUCGUAGAGUAAUCGAAAAUAGCUUUGGUAUUUUAACUGCUCGAUGGCGUGUUCUACGAAAGGUAAUAGACUUUAGCCCAAAGAACUGCGAAACAAUUGUGUUAACCUGUCUGGUUCUUCACAAUUUUGUAAUGUUGAAUGACCAUGAUCGUUGGUAUUGUCCAGAUACAUUUGUAGACACAGACACCGCAGACCAUGGAAUAUUGGAGGGAGAAUGGCGUGAAGAUUUAGAGAGUGUUGGAGGUGCAUUACAUUCAAUAAGUACAACUCGACGCAAUGCAUCUAGUUUCGCAUUCCGUCUAAGGGAUUUUUUGGCAGAUUAUUUUAUAAAUCAGGGAGCGGUUUCAUUUCAAGAAGAUCGUAUUUAGUGUAUAGCAAUGUUUGUGUAUUUUAUGCAUUUGAAAUAUAUACAUAUUUUUAUGUAUAAAAUUGUAAUCUAAAUAUCUUUAUACUAUACUUUUUGUUACGUUAACUUUUUUGUGAUAUUUUAUUAAACCAUGGAUAUAUCUAUAAAUAUUGUUUUAUUUACUGAAAAAGAUGGUAAUUAUCUGUAUUAGGAAGAUUACACAGGCAUAUGGCAAUAUGGACACAAUAAAUAAAAGACAUACAAAAUUAAAGAGUUAUAAAAACAAAUUAUUUUAUUUUUUCAAAAACAUUCUUAAAACCCUUUUGAACAUUCUUAAAACUAUUUUUGAAAAAUGAGAUACAUUGUUGUUUCUUAUGUCUAGGUAACAAGCGUUUUAAACAUUUU